AUGCAAGGAUUUGUUGUCAAGGAUUUAUGUGUUGAUAUAUUAAUGGGAAAUGACGAAUUGGAAAAGAAGAAAGUAAAGAUAGAUUUUGAAGAAAAAGUUGUAACUUUGGAAGGGCAAAUAAUUAAGUUUAUGCAGAAAGAUGAGGUGGAAGAAGACAUAAGAGUUGAUAGGAUAUUAUUAAAAGAAAGCAAUGAUGUUUAUGAAGAAGAAAUAUAUUUUGAUGAUAGGGAGAUGUCCCAAAAGAAUGUAAAGAAUAAUUGUAGUGAAUAUUUAAGGAAUGGAAAUUUUAAGCAGAUGGAUGCCUACGAGGUGGAGUGCGUAAAACUGGAAGCAAGGAAUAAUGAUUGCAAAAUAAAAAAUAAUUUUAUUUGUAAAGAAGAAGAUAUAAUAAAAGUUUUAAGUUGCCAUGAAGAAUAUAAAUCAAUAGUCGUUUCCAUAUUGCAGCAACACAAGGGACUUGUCAAUAAAGAAAAUAGAAUUGCACAAAAUUAUAUCCAUAGUAUAAAAGUUAAAGAAGAAAAAGAUUUUAAAACAAAAUCAUACCCAAUACCAUAUAAAUACAGAGAAGAAGUAAAUAGAACGAUCAAUAAUAUGUUAGAAGAUGGAAUCAUUGAGAAGGCAGAUACACGUUUCAUAAACCCUAUAGUGGUAGUACGUAAAAGAUCAGGUGAAAUUAGGCUAUGUUUGGAUGCAAUGAAUAUUAACAAGAUCACUGAAAAGCAAUUUGAAGCACCAAUGAGUAUAGAUGGAAUACUAGGACGAAUUACAGGAAUGUCAUUUUUCACUAAAAUUGAUUCACAGCAUAGUUUCUGGUUAAUACCUCUAGAAAGAAAAAGUAGACAGUAUACAGGAUUUCAGAUAGAUGGAGUAGUAUAUCAAUUCAAAGUAGUACCAUUUGGACUUUAAUCAUCUUGCAGUGCUCUAUAUAGAUGUCUUCAUGAUAUUUUGGAUCAAUAUGAACAAUUUGUAAUUUACUACAUUGAUGAUAUAUUAAUUUUUUCUAAAACAGCUGAAGAGCAUGAGAAACACCUAAAAAAAUAAUCAACAGAUUAGACAAAAUUGGACUAAAAAUAAAUCAAGAAAAAUGUACAUUUUUCCAAAAAGAAGUAA